AAGUUGCUUAUUUUCUGGUGUAACUAUGUGUUUCAAUGUUUCAAUUUUGUGAGGUAUGAAUUUCGAUAAGGCCAGGUAGUCCGCAUACUACAACUGGCUUCAUUGUGUGAACAGCAAGGGGCCUGACAAUUUCGCGCGCGCUUCCGCGCACUGUUUUGGGGGAGAAGUUGGCAAGGGUAACCGACCGACCGUCACUGAUUACACAGUACUUCUAUACACGUCGUGCGGGUUCAAUGUACAAAAACUGUCUAAUCAAACAACGUUUUUUAAUUGAAUAUCAGCUUUGUUUAAAAAUGUGUCAACGAAUUUGAUGUCCUAUCAAUUUAUCAACGCAUACACUCACAUUGUGACAUGGGACUUAUAAUCAAUGAAUAAGUUCUCCUCGACAACCAAAUGAAACAGCACGCAUGCACGUGAAUACAUUCAGGAGAGAGAAAUGGGCACUUGUGCGAGUAAAUCCGCUCUCUGCACUGGAGCACCUAAAAGUCCAGAAGGGCAAAUUGUGAUAGAUUCAACUCCUUACCUUCCAAGGCAUUUCCUAGAAGACACUAACAAAGCAUUAAAAAUUAAAAUCAGCAGUGAACGAAGGCCAACCGAUGGUACUCCAACGAAUUACCCCUGUGCUGGGCGCACAAAGGGCACGGCCCUGAUUUUGAACAACUCGAACGCCGAGUCUAGGAAGGGGGCAACUGUAGACGUUAAAAAUGUAUCACAAUUACUCAAAGCAAUCAAGUUUAAAACGAAGAUUGUAAACAAUUUAAAGGCAAACGAAAUUGUCCAAAGUAUUGAUUCAUUUGCGAAAAAUUGCAAAGCUAAAGAUGUUGACAUGUGCGUUAUUGUGAUAAUUGGGGAUGUAAAAUGCACAGCUGAUCAUAACAAAUUGGCCGAGAUUUCCGGAACCGAUAGUAAAUUUUUGCCAAUCGUUGAUAUUAUCGAACGUCUCAGUGAUGAGCAAUGCCCCCAGCUCAAGGGCAAACCAAAAGUUUUUUUCUUUCACGGACAUUACUAUGAUGAGUCACACAUCCAGACUGAUUACACAAUGAAAUUGUCAUUGAGGGAUAUGUUUAUUGCAAAUGCUGUAUUAACAGGAAAGAUGCAGAAACAAACAAUGUCUUCAUAUUAUAUCCAGGCGAUGUGCAAAGUUUUUAUGGACGAAGUGUACGAAAAAGACUUAGAGAGUAUGAUUCAGAAUGUGGAACAAGUAGUCUAUAAUCAUGACCGAAGUACCCAGCACACUCAUUACGACAAUUUGUAUUUUAAGAAAUGUUAUUUUCAAGCUACUUGAGUAGCCUAGUUUGUUAAUAUAUGUUUUUAUUAUA